AUCUAACCUACAUAGUUACGAUAGCUCAUAUGAUUUAUUUGUAAAAUUUUCAAUUCAAUUUUUUAUUUUAAUAAAUUAAUAUAUAUAUAUAUAUAUAAAUAAUAAGAAAUUUUGUACCAUUUUCAUAAUUUUAUACAUACAUUUUUAUUCUGUCUUUGAAUAAAUUCGUUAGUUAGGUCAUAAAUACUAAAUGGAGGACACAGAGUUAGACUCCUCUGAGUUGGGAACCUAUGACUAUUGGAAGAAGACGUAUGCAAUUGAGGUAAACAACUAUGAAGAAAAUGGGGACCCGGGAGACGUGUGGUUUGGCGAGGACAGUGCUCAGAGGGUUAUAGACUGGAUCUGUAGUUGUGGAGUUAGUCUGGACACCCCUCUUAUUGAUUUAGGUUGUGGAAACGGUUAUUCUUUGAUGGAAUUGGCCAGACAAGGGUUCACCAACUUACUGGGAGUAGAUUACUGUGAGGAGGCCAUAGUGUUAGCUGAGAAAGUGACUAAAGAGGAAUUUUCCAUAAUUAAAUAUAAGGUUUUUGAUAUAAUAAAUGAUGAUGUGUCAGAUUUGGGGACCAACUUUGGUAUAGUACAUGAUAAGGGAACUUACGAUGCAAUCAGUUUGAAUCCAGAUAACCCAAAGGAAAAUAGACGGAAAUAUCUAGAACAAGUGACUAAGAUUCUCUGUGAUAAUGGGCUAUUCAUUAUAACAUCGUGUAAUUGGACAGAUCAAGAAUUAAUUAAGCAGUUUUCGGAGAAGAUGAAGUUAAAGUGUGUAAUACCAACACCGCAGUUCAAAUUUGGCGGGAAAGUGGGCAGUGUUGUCUCGUCUGUUGUGUUUAUAAAAAAAUAAUGUGCAUAUAAUUGGUUUUAUUAUUAG